UCUGUCCAGUGUUAGUCCGUGCAUUAUGCUGACUGUGGGCUCUAGCUCCUCUGGACCCUAAUCUGCAGAAAAUGGGUGAGUGUAAGGAAUUUUUUUAGCUUGCAAAACUGUACUGAUGCAGACAGAUGUGAACUGGCUGUCUUAUUUGCAAUCAGGUUUUUCUUUUCAUGUUUACAGGACCCAUCUGUUUAAUACUCAAUUAACUUUAUAAUUUACAAAAGCAUUCAGCUACAUAUACAGUCAAAUUUCCGGAUAUUAUUAAUCAUACCAGCACUAUGGACAACAGAGACGUAGAAUGAGAGACAUUUAUGCUUCUAUUUGUGAUAUGACUCAUCAUUCUAUUUCUUGUACGUAACUUGAGCUCUGUAGAUGUGGGGGUAAAGGAAACAGGAACUAAAUUAAAAAAUAAGCAGAUUCUUAAGCAUGCAGUCAUCCUUUUAUCCAUUUCUCUUUUUGAUUAUGUUCACCAGAGGAAGGAAGUUAAAGGACGAUAACUGAGGAGCUGUGUUGUCUGUGUGUGCCCAUUACUCAGAGGCUGCUGGAAAAGGGAACACAAAAAAAUCAGUCAGGUGAAAUCUUUCUAAGGACACCCUGAAGCCACACACACACCUCUUCUGUGUAUGAUUUAGAAAAAUGGAACUGUCAAGUAGCUCUGCAUUGACAGAUUGACAAUGCAGGCAAAAACUAGAAAAAUGUAAAUUCAGGAAGGAUUUUAGGCAAUAGAAGGAGUUAAGCUGCCACUAAGACAUGUUUGUAAUUAAAGCUUGUAGUAACAUGCACCCUCUCCACAAAAACAUAAUCUAAAAAUACAGAGUCUGCUGGUUGAACAGCACAGAACUGUAAAUCAUAAGUGUGAAACUUCAGUCCUCGCUUUGUGAUGCUAAUGAAGCCAAGUAAACUGCCACUGACUAUAGUUUUGAAAAAAAGAAAAGAAAAAAUAGGUAUUUGGAUUCGAAAACUUCUUUGGAUAAAAAUGCAAAUUUAAAUGUAGAAACUUGCUUUUAGUAUGUGUGUAAGGAAUUUGCUGAUUUUAGCACUUCUUUGUGCUUUAAUAUGCAGAACCAUUAUAUUACGAAACAGGGUCAGGAGACAUGACAGCACAAAUCUGAGUGUAGCUCCUUUGUUAUAUCCUAGAGGUGUGUGGGCAAAGUGGGUGUAACCAUAAAGCGUGACGUAACCUAGCUGAAACAAUCUCCUCGAGCACUGCAGCAUGUGUAUCAAGACACACGGAAAUAAGACUGGCCUUAAAAAAAAAGCAAGCAAAAAAAUACAGUAAAACAGUCGUGGUUGUUGACCUUCAGACCUGCUGGCCAUGGGUAUGUUUACUCUCACUGAAGUAGCUUCACUCAAUGAUGUGCAACCAACAUAUCGUAUUUUAAAACCAUGGUGGGAUGUUUUUAUGGACUAUUUGGCUAUUGUCAUGCUAAUGGUGGCAAUAUUUGCAGGCACCAUGCAAUUGACCAGAGAUCAAGUUGUCUGCCUUCCUGUUUUACAAUCUGGGGAGGAAUCAAAAACACAAAAUCUUUACUCAGCACCUUCAUCUCUGGCAACGUCUGACCAUCCAGACCAUAAGAGCCAAUAUACAGAAGUAACAUUACGAACUGGAUCUCUUGCUGCCAGUGAAAUUUCUGACAGUGAACCUCCUAAAUUUCAGUUCAGUAGGUCUUCUAACCCUGCAGUAAAAAAGUUAGCUGAUCAGCCAGAGCCAUUAGGACUUAAAACCAAUUUAGACUUUCAACAGUAUGUUUUUGUUAAUCAAAUGUGCUACCAUGUAGCACUGCCAUGGUACUCUAAAUAUUUCCCAUACUUGGCUCUUAUUCAUACUAUUAUACUCAUGGUAAGUAGCAAUUUUUGGUUUAAAUAUCCAAAGACUAGUUCAAAAAUUGAGCACUUUGUUUCAAUUCUGGGAAAGUGUUUUGAAUCUCCUUGGACUACAAAAGCAUUGUCUGAAACAGCUUGUGAAGAUUCAGAAGAGAAUAAACAAAGACUAACGGGUGCGGCAUCUCUGCCAAUGCAUGUGUCAACCAGUAGCGAUGAAGGGAGUCCAAGUACAACGACUCCUAUACUAGCAAAAACAGGAGUAAAAUUUUCUGCAGAAAGACCCGUCAUUGAAGUCCCUAGCAUGACAAUAUUGGACAAAAAGGAUGGUGAACAGGCAAAAGCCCUUUUUGAAAAGGUGAGGAAAUUUCGCACUCAUGUUGAGGACAGUGAUUUAAUAUACAAACUCUAUGUAGUUCAGACGGUGAUAAAAACAGUUAAAUUUAUUUUGAUAUUGUGCUACACUUUUAUUGUGGCUGCAAUCCACUUUGACCAUACCUGUAAGCCCAAUGUGGAGCAUCUAACUGGAUAUGCCACUUUUGUGUGCACUCACAAUAUGGCAUUCAUGUUGAAAAAGCUGCUUAUAAGCUACAUUGCACUUAUUUGUGUGUAUGGUGUUGUAUGCCUUUAUACACUUUUUUGGUUGUUCAGACGACCUUUAAAGGAAUAUUCUUUUGAAAAAGUAAGAGAAGAAAGCAGCUUCAGUGAUAUCCCAGAUGUAAAGAAUGACUUUGCUUUCCUUUUGCAUAUGGUGGACCAAUAUGAUCAAUUAUAUUCCAAACGUUUUGGUGUGUUUCUGUCUGAAGUAAGUGAAAACAAGCUUCGAGAAAUUAGCUUGAACCAUGAGUGGACUUAUGAGAAGCUAAAACAGCAUGUUACAAGAAAUGCACAAGAUAAGCUCGAACUCCAUUUAUUCAUGCUCUCCGGUGUUCCCAAUGCUGUGUUUGAUCACACAGACCUGGAUAUAUUAAAGCUUGAACUAAUUCCUGAGGCCAGGCUUCCUGCCAAAAUAUCUCAAAUGAUUAAUCUUCAGGAACUGCACCUUUACCACUGUCCUGCCAAAGUGGAACAGACAGCUUUCAGCUUUCUUCGUGAUCACCUACAGUGCCUUCAUGUUAAGUUUACAGAUGUUGCUGAAAUUCCAACAUGGGUUUAUUUGUUGAAAAAUUUAAGAGAUUUGUACUUAGUAGGUAAUCUAAAUUCUGAGAACAAUAAAAUGAUUGCUUUGGAAUCUUUGAGAGAUCUGAGAAACCUAAAAGCCCUGCAUCUUAAAAGCAACCUUACAAAGAUUCCAACGAACAUUACAGAUUUGGCUCCACAUUUAACCAAACUAGUUGUUCACAAUGAUGGAAGCAAACUUGUAGUGCUUAACAGCCUGAAGAAGAUGAUGAAUCUAGCGGAAUUAGAGUUGCACAACUGUGAGCUUGAGAGAAUUCCUCAUGCUAUUUUUAGCUUGACCAAUUUACAGGAGCUGGACCUGAAAUCAAAUAACAUCCGCACGAUUGAAGAAGUCAUCAGUUUUCAGCAUCUGAAGAGACUGACCUGCCUUAAAUUAUGGCAUAACAAAAUCAUUAGUAUUCCUUUAUCAAUAAUUCAUGUCAAAAACCUUGAAUGGCUUUAUCUGUCUAAUAACAAGCUAGAAUCUUUGCCAGUAUCACUGUUUAACCUGCCAAAACUCAGAUAUUUGGAUCUAAGUUACAAUUCCAUUGUAGUUAUCCCAACAGAAAUUGGCUUUUUGCAAAACCUGCAGUAUUUUGCAAUUACUGGGAAUAAAGUGGAAGUUUUACCUAAGCAACUCUUUAAGUGUGCAAAACUAAGGACUUUAUGUCUAGGUCAGAACUGUAUCUCUUCAGUCCCAGAAAAAAUAGGUCUCUUACAACAACUUGCACACUUGGAAUUAAAAGGAAACUGCCUAGACCGGCUUCCACUGCAGCUAAGCCAGUGUCGUUUGCUUAAAAGGAAUGGACUCAUUGUUGAAGAUCAUCUUUUUGAUACAUUGCCACUAGACAUCAAAGAAAUAAUAAAUCAAGAGUCUGCUGCCUCAUUUGCAAAUGGUGUCUAGGUGUACAAGUAUAUAAGCAUUAACUGUAUUAAAAUCUGAGCUGUCUUAGCCAGGAAAGCCUUUAAUAUUCAGAACAAUAAGUAUACUCACAUGAUCAGUUCAUAUUGGGUAGUAUUCCUGCAACAACACUUUGCUGGAAGAGAAGAAUGAUACAGUUUCUGAUGUGGACAUUUUUUUAUUGCAAACAUCAGAUAAAAUAAAAAUAGAAAAGCAUUUUGCAAGAUGUAAAAGGUUAUAUUGCAUUUGGCAACUGUGUUGACAGUUACUUUUGUCAUAAACCCUGAACGGAUGUGGCUUAUAAAUGUGUGUGCUAUGUCAUAUCUUAUUUUCUGAAUUAAUUUUUGACUACUAUAAUUUGGUCAUUAGUUGUUACUUUUGGGGUAUACAUUUUAUUUUUCACUCAUAUGUUUUCUGUCCCUACAGUCUAAAUGUUUUUUUGUUUUUUUUUACUUUCCUUCACAUACUGUAUAGUAACAAAUGCCAGGCAGUCCACAUUUUGAAAUUAUAUUUGGUGUCAUAAUUUUCUUUAUGGAAAAAUAGGAGUUUUGGUUGACAAUUUGAAAUCAACAUAUUCAUUAAUUUUCUAAACCCAUGUAGUCUGUCACAUGAUCAUGAGGAGGAGUAGCUUGUCCCAGCAGCAAUAUAUACAAGACAGAUGCCAACCUACCAGGGUUUUGCAGUACAUACUUAUUUAUGCCUGAACCAAGUCACAGAUUAACUUGGAGAAAACUCAUGCUAACAAUGUGCAAAUGGCACAUAGACUGUGUCUGGGCCAUGAAUCAAAUCUAUGUCUCUGAAGCUAUGAGGCAGCAGCUCUCACUUCUGUGUAGUCUCAUGAAACAGAUGUGAAAAAUAUUGGAAUAUUUCUUAAUGCAAUUUUAAGACAUUUACAAUAAUUCACAACCAAAAUAUUUAUUUUUAUUAAAAUCCUAAUUAAAAAGUGGCCUACAUGUGCUGAAUAAAUCUAUUAAUUAAGAAGACUUAUUUUAAAUGGAAAUGUACAUGUCUUGUUUGCACACAGAAAUGUAUGGCAUAUUGUUGUGUUUAUUGUUUAACUUUUACUGUAUAUUUUUGACAGACAGUAGUCUGCAUUGGUGGAAAAACUGUUCAUCUUUUUUUUUGUAAUUAUUUUUGAAAAGGUACGAACAAUGUUAAGCUUUGAAUCAAUGCUAUCAAAGCAUGUUCCCAAAGGGAGAUAAUUAUUUAUGAGAAUUUAAGAAAUGAUUAUACUUCACAAUACAGUUUUUUAAGUUACAAUGUUUGUAUUUAGGAACUAAACAAUGUUGGCAGUUUCAAUCAUUUUAAAAGUAUUUUAUAUUAGUUGCAUAACCAGAGAAGAACAUAAUAAGGAUUUACAUCAGUAGUUUUAACUCAAUAAAUGCAUACAUAUUAGAAUGGUAUAUUCAGUAUCAAAAGCCUUUUCAUAUAGAACAAAAUCUAAAUAUUUUAAAUCAUUUCAGGAAGAUCUUCAUCCCUUUACAGAAGAUGGGUUGAGCUAUGCUGAGCAGAUUAAUUUGUAAAUUUGCUUUGAUCAGGUGAUCAUGUUUAAUAGGAUUUAAAGAACUGUCAAGUCGGUGAAAUUCCUUUUAUUCAAAGAUAUUUCACAGACUAUUUCAUAGAAACAAUGCACAUUAACACUGAAUUCAGUAAACAUAUUUGUAAGUAUUAGAGGCAGUAAAAUUGUUCUUUUUUAACAAAUUUGAAAUCAUACAAUUUACAUUUUGUUUCAUUAUACUUUUUAACUUUCAUCUGGAGAAAUAAAAUUAAGCAUACCGAGAAUGUGUUACUAUUAAGAACACUAAUGUAGCUUACACUUGUUAAGGGAGUUAAUUACAAAAAAGUAAAUUGUGUUUAAUUGCAUGUUUUCGGUUGCUAUGAUUUUGAAGAUUGCUUAAAUGCACUCAACUGAAUUUUAUUGCACAACUAUACACAAAUAGUGUGUAUCUGCAGAAACAGGAACAAUUAAAACGUAAGAGUCUCGGCUUUUAAUUUUCUGCAAUAAUGCAGAAAUAAACAACAGGUUGUAUAUUAUUAAGGGUUAAAGAUUGUUCAGUGUUUUGCUGAUACCAGACAUUCAGUAAAAUGAUUAAUGUGCUUCUGAUACAGCAACAGCAAAUGAAAGAAUUGAAAAGAAAAAAAAUUAGAUACUGAAGUGCUUUAUACCAAACUGCCCAUCUGAUGGGAAUUUACAAAACUGUUUUAAACUAUUAUAAUUUUUUUAGAAAAAUUAUAUAAUUAAAAAUAUAGCUUUGUACAAGUUAAAUAUAUUUCUUAAUUGAUUAUUUAAAAUUUAUGUUAAGAUCAUAUGAUACAUAAAAUUAUGUUCAGAAUCAUUGUUAUAUGAAUCUUCUAAAUAUGAUUGGUUGGAUUUAGGUCAGACAGUCAGUCCAACGUGGAAACCCAUGUUACAUGAGAAGCCUGCUGAAAAGUGGAAAAUCAUAGCAGAUGUAUAUGAUCUUCAAGGAUUCAAAAAUGGAAUAA